CUCAGUCUCCCCUUUAUCCUCCCGUCCCCACCCCUGGAGAUGCUGCAGGGUCUUACCCCAGGGAGGAUGCAGAGGGAAAUGCAUGAGGAAGGGCACAUGUGGAGCCCCACAUCAGAGGGGUCACAGUGCCACCCACACCCCAGUGCUGAGCCCUCUUGUCCCCAUCCCUGCAGCACCAGCCAUGGCCCCGCUGGGCGAGGACACGCCGCUGAUCGGGCCACGCUCCUGCAGCCUCUCAUCCACCGAGGCUGGGACCCUCCAGGUGUACCUGUACCACCAGGCAGCCACCUCACACAACCCCCCUGGCACCGACUCUGCCCUCCUCACCUUCACCUUCGGCGAGUACACGGCUGAGGAGCUCUGUGUGCGCGCUGCCAGAGCCUGUGGAGUGCUGCCUGUCUGCCACCCUCUCUUUGCCCUGGCCACCGAGGACCUCAGCUGCUGGUUCCCUCCCAACCACCUCUUCACCGUGGAUGACUCCUGCAGCCAGGUCGUGGUGUACAGGAUCAGGUUCUUCUUCCCCAACUGGUGUGGCCUGGGACAGUCUCACCGCUUCCAGCUGCUGAAUGACCGUGCCAGCCCUGUCCUGGACUACCCUGUCAUCGAUUACCUUUUUGCCCAGUCCCGCAGCGAUUUCAUCGGGGGCCGCGUGGCUCUGGCGCUGAGCCUCCCCACGCAGGAGGAAUGUCUGAGCCUGGCUGUGCUCGACAUGCUGCGCAUCGCCAAGGAGAAGCACCAGAGCCCCGACGAGGUCUUCAACCACAUCAGUUACAAGUCCUGCAUCCCGGAGGCGCUGCGGUGCCAGAUCCAGCAGCACAAUUUCCUCACCCGCAAGCGCAUCCGACGCCACUUCAGCAAAUCCCUGCGGAAGAUCGGGGGCUGUCAGACGGACGAACGUUUCCUGAAGCUCAAAUACUUGCUGGACCUGGAGCGGUUGCAGCGGCAAUGGGCCGAGGAGAGUUUCCACGUGCGAUUGUCGGGCUCAGCCGCUUCCAUCACCAUCCACGUCGGCGGCGAGAGCGGGGUGUCCUGGAGCUGUGACGGCUCGGAGUCGUGUCCCGGCCCCGCCCCGCAGAGCCGCCAGCACUUCUGCGACUUCCCCGACAUCGCGGACAUCAGCAUCAAACAGGCGGCUCGAGAGGCUGGCGCCGUGGAGAACCGCCUCGUCACCCUCACCAAGACCGACAACAGGGUGCUGGAGGUGGAGUUCCCCACGCUGCGGGAUGCUCGCUCCUUCGUGGCUCUGGUCGAUGGCUACUACCGGCUGACCGUGGAUGCCCACCACUACUUCUGCAAGGAGGUGGCCCCUCCACGGCUUCUGGAGGAUGUGGAGAACCAGUGCCACGGGCCCAUCAGCUCUGAGUUUGCAGUGAACAAGCUGAAGGCAGCGGGGAGCCGCCCGGGGCUGUACCUGCUGCGCCGCAGCCCCCAGGACUUCGACAGUUACCUGCUGACUGUCUGCGCUGAGACUCAGUCCGGGCGGGAUUACAAGCGCUGCCUGAUCCGCAGGGAUGAGGACGGACACUUCUGGCUCUCGGGGGUGUCGCGGCGGUUCUGCAGCCUGCGGGAGCUGCUGGGCACCUAUGGGCACUGCGGGCUGCAGGCAGAGGGUGCCCGCAUGCGCCUGGCUGCCUGCUGCCCGCCCCUGCCCAAAGAGAAGUCCAACCUGCUGAUUGUACGGAGUGGCUGCCCCCAGCCCCCCAGCUCCCCCCACGCCCCCCGCCGCAGCCUCAACCAGAUGAUGUUCCACAAGAUUGACCCCCAGAGCCUCACACAGGGUGAGAGCCUGGGCCAGGGCUCCUUCACUCAAAUCUACAAGGGCAUCAAGAGGGACCAGGAGGAGGAUGGGCACUACCAGACCGAGGUGGUGCUGAAGGUGCUGGAUGGCAGCCACCGCAACUGCUCCGAGUCCUUCCUGGAGGCAGCCAGCAUCAUGAGCCAGCUCUCCCACAAGCACCUGGUCCUGCUGCACGGUGUCAGCCUUGGGAAGGACAGUAUCAUGGUGCAGGAGUAUGUCAGGUAUGGGCCCCUGGACCUCUACCUGAAGAAGAACCAAGGUGAGGGCAAGGUGACAACAAGCUGGAAGCUACAGGUGGCCAAGCAGCUGGCAUAUGCCCUCAACUACCUGGAGGACAAGAAAAUCACCCAUGGCAACGUCUCAGCUAAGAAGGUACUGCUGACCAGGGAGGGGGACAUGGCCCGUGGCAGCCCUCCCUUCAUCAAGCUCAAUGACCCUGGAGUCAGUGUCACCAUCCUGGGCAAGGACAUGCUGGUGGAUCGCAUUCCCUGGGUGGCCCCCGAGUGCCUCAGGGACCCCAAGAGCCUGGCACUGCCAGCUGACAAGUGGAGCUUCGGGGUGACCCUCUGGGAGAUCUUCAGUGGUGGCAACAUGCCCGUGAGCCUGCUGGAACCCCAGAAGAAGCUGGAUUUCUACAAGAGCAGCCUCCAGCUCCCUGCACCGAAGUGGACGGAGCUGGCCACGCUCAUGGCGCAGUGCAUGGACUAUCGGCCCUGGCACCGGCCCAGCUUCCGCGCCCUCAUCCGGGACCUCAACAGCCUCAUCACCUCUGAUUACGAGCUGCUCUCGGACCUGUCGCCGGCUGAUGUGAUGCUGCGGGACAGCUUCUGGGGCUACGAGCCCCUCACCCUGUGCCAGGACCCCACACACUUUGAGGAGAGGCACCUCAAGUACAUCUCACUGCUGGGCAAGGGCAACUUUGGGAGCGUGGAACUGUGUCGCUACGACCCGCUGGGCGACAGCACGGGCGAGCUGGUGGCAGUGAAGAAGCUGCAGCAGGAUUCAGCCAAGGAGCUGCAGGAUUUCGAGAGGGAGAUUCAAAUCCUGCACUCACUGCAGCAUGAUUUCAUUGUCCAGUACAGGGGAGUGUGCUACAGCCGGGGGCGCCGUGGGCUGAGGCUGGUGAUGGAAUACUUGCCCAAUGGUUGCCUGCGGGACUACCUGCAGAAGAACCAACCCCGCCUGGACCACAGGAACCUGCUGCUCUACGCCUGGCAGAUCUGCAAGGGUAUGGAGUACCUGGGAGCACAGCGCUGUGUGCACCGGGACCUGGCCAGCAGGAACAUCCUGGUAGAGAGUGAGAGCCAUGUCAAGAUUGGGGACUUCGGGCUGGCCAAGCUGCUGCCACAGGACAAGGAUUAUUACGUGGUGCGGGAGCCUGGCCAGAGCCCCAUCUUCUGGUAUGCACCUGAAUCCCUGGCAGACAAUGUCUUCUCCCGGGCAUCUGAUAUCUGGAGCUUUGGGGUUCUCCUCUAUGAGCUCUUCACCUACAGCAACAAGACCAAGAGCCCCUCGGAGGAGUUCCUGCGCAUGAUGGGCACCGAGAAGGCGGCUCAGAUCAUCUGCCACUUGCUGGAGCUCCUGAAGGACAAUCGGCGCCUGCCGGUGCCAUCCGGCUGCCCCGUGGAGCCCUAUCCCUUGUCCCCAGGUCUACACGUUGAUGUUGAGCUGCUGGGCUUUCACCCCUGGUGCCAGACCCACCUUCGGGGAGCUGGCCCCCAAGAUCGAGGCGCUGCGGGACAGCCGGAGCAAAGCCCGGGGGUAGAUCAGCCCCCCAUCCCUCCCCCAGAGCUGGGACCAUGAGCAGCCCCCUCCCUCCCCAGUGCCAGGGGGCUGCAGACACACACAUGGCUGCAGCAAUGCUUCAGUGUGCUGCAACUGCUCCAGGGGCAGCGGUGGGUGGGGGGAUGCAGCACCCCCACUGCCCCCUGUGCCAUGUGAUGCCACUCUGCCCCCCCUUCUUGCAGCAGA